CCCCGUCCACAGCCAAACCAGAUGUGCCAGUAUUUAUCUGACCCUCACGCGCUCAAUCCCCUCCUUCACUCGGACAAAAAUAGAAAGGCCCGUGACUCGGCUGUUUGUUGCCCGAGAAAAUCGUUUUCUGGCCGAAACCCUUAGGAAAAAUGGAGACUGGUGGAAAGGCCAAGAAGGGUGCGGCAGGAAGAAGGGGCGGCGGCCCGAAGAAGAAGCCGGUUUCCCGUUCCGUCAAAGCCGGUUUGCAGUUUCCGGUCGGGAGGAUCGGCCGGUACUUGAAGAAAGGCCGUUACGCUCAGCGUGUCGGGACCGGUGCUCCGGUUUACCUCGCCGCCGUGCUUGAGUAUCUCGCUGCUGAGGUUUUGGAAUUGGCUGGGAAUGCUGCAAGAGACAACAAGAAGAACAGGAUUGUACCCAGACACUUGCUUCUGGCUAUUAGGAACGAUGAGGAACUUGGAAAGCUGCUUGCUGGCGUGACAAUCGCUCAUGGAGGGGUGCUUCCCAACAUAAACCCUGUUCUUCUCCCCAAGAAGAAUGAGAAAGCAGCGGCAAAGGAGUCUAAGUCUCCAUCCAAGGCCACCAAGUCGCCGAAGAAAGCUUAACUUCUCAGAGUGCAUAGGAAACCUUAUCUAAUUUUUAGAUUGGUCUCUUUUUCUUGUUGUAAGUAAGUUUCAUUUAUGUUGUCUUGUGUAGGAGAGUUCAUGUUGUCAGGAAAAAAUUGUACUCUCGUGUUGGAAAUGAUUCUUGAAAUUGAUUGUUUCAAAUCUCAGUUGUCAACUGAACGGAUUGGUGUUUGUGUAUCUGCUGUGUUCUCUUUAAGAGGAUUUGGCUCUCUGGUGCUGAUUUA